AUGGGAAGGAGCACGCAGGUCGAUGGCGACAAUAAUCCAACAUCGGCAGAGUCAGAUCCUGCAAAGCUGCUUGAAGCUGCUCUAGAACAGAUGGAUGGAAUCAUAGCUGUACUUCCUCGGGGAAAAUAUGUAAAACUUAUGUGUAGGUAUUCCUUCGUAUACAUAAGUUCGUUCGUUCGUUCUCUUUUGUUUGACUUUCUACAGCAAUGUCUAGUGUCUGCCAUUCAACAGGUUUGUGUUUUUCACACGGAUGUCGAUCAGAACACCCCAUUGACCCCAGUCCCUAUUGUUCGUGAAGGGGCGAGUAAUCCCGAUAAGCCGUAUUGUGUGUGGUAUGAGGAAGACGUCUGA